AUGGGCGAGCAGAGCCAUGCCAACAGCCUCUUCCUCAACGAGGAGGCUGCCAAGCGGCUGGGUGCCGAGGGCAGGCUGCAGCGCCUGCGCCAGGCCCUGCAGAAGCGUGCGGCCCGUGCCAAGAAGAGGAUGCACAGCAUCACCGCCGCCAGCACCAGGACCUUCCUGCGCCGCAACGCAUUUGUCCUCCUCACCAUCGUGGCCGUCCUGCUGGGGAUCAUCCUGGCGUUCUCCCUGCGGCCCUACCAGCUGACCUACCGCCAGAUCAAAUACUUCUCCUUCCCGGGGGAGCUGCUGAUGAGGAUGCUCCAGAUGUUGGUUCUGCCUCUCAUUGUCUCCAGCUUGAUUACAGGAAUGGCCUCACUGGAUGGCAGAGCCUCAGGGAAGAUGGGGAUGAGGGCUGUCAUCUACUAUACAGUGACCACAAUCAUAGCAGUCUUCAUUGGCAUCCUCAUGGUGAUCAUCAUCCACCCAGGGAAAGGGUCUAAGGACAACCUUCACCGAGAGGGCAGAAUUGAGCAGGUGCAGACCACAGAUGCCUUCAUGGACUUGGUGAGGAAUAUGUUCCCACCCAACCUGGUAGAAGCCUGCUUCAAACAGUACAAGACGCAGUACAGCACCAGGGUGUUCAGCAGGACCGUCCUGCGCAGCGGCAAUGUCACAGCAGCUGUGACAAGCACGCAGGUCCCGGCGCCAGAGAACUUCACCGGCGUCCUGGAGAACGUCACUCAGGCCCUGGAGACCCUCUCCGAGGUGCUGACCUUUGAAGAAGUGAUUCCCAUCCCGGGCUCUGCCAGUGGGGUGAACGCGCUGGGGCUGGUAGUGUUCUCCAUGUGCUUCGGCUUGGUGAUCGGCAGCAUGAAGCAGAAGGGACGGCCCCUGCGGGAGUUCUUUAACUGCCUCAACGAAGCCAUCAUGAGGCUGGUGGCCAUUAUCAUCUGGUAUGCUCCGGUGGGGAUCAUGUUCCUGAUCGCUGGCAAAAUCCUGGAGAUGGACGACCUGGCAGUGAUGGGAGGCCAGCUGGGGAUGUACACCCUGACGGUGAUCGUGGGGCUGCUCAUCCACGCCCUCUGCGUCCUGCCCCUGCUCUACUUCAUCGUCACCCACCGGAACCCCUGGCUCUUCAUCGCCGGCCUGCUGCAGGCACUCAUCACCGCCCUGGGCACCUCCUCCAGCUCGGCCACGCUGCCCAUCACCUUCAGGUGCCUGGAGGAGAACAAUGGUGUGGACAGAAGGAUCACCAGGUUCGUGCUGCCCGUGGGAGCCACCAUCAACAUGGAUGGCACUGCCCUGUACGAGGCCCUGGCUGCCAUCUUCAUUGCACAGGUCAACAACUACGAGCUCGACUUCGGGCAGAUCAUCACAAUCAGCAUCACAGCCACGGCCGCCAGCAUCGGAGCCGCAGGCAUUCCCCAGGCAGGACUGGUGACCAUGGUGAUAGUGCUGACAUCUGUGGGGCUGCCUACUGAGGACAUCACACUCAUCAUUGCUGUGGACUGGUUCCUGGACCGCCUGCGGACGACCACCAACGUGCUGGGGGACUCGCUGGGGGCUGGCAUCGUGGAGCACCUGUCCCGGCGGGAGCUGGACGCGCAGGACUGUGAGCUUGGUAAUUCUGGGAUAGAGCAGACAGAGCAGCUGUGCCACCAGCCUGGCCUGCAGAACCACAACCACAGGCACCCCAGGAGCGAGACAGCUCUGUGA